CGCCGGCUGAUUACACGGUCAGUAAUGAAAGCGUCCUCCUCGCGCGCGGAGGUGCUGUCAUGUAGCCGCGAACCACCGUACCGCCUGUCCCUGUCCUUUUUUACGCCGGCAAACGUCCUGUCAGUGAAAACGGUUUACGUCUGCAGACUAGUAGCGUGAUCACCGAUUAAUACUCUUGGACCUCGCUCGCCGGUCCAAAGCUUCGAAUUAACAUCAAACGCGAGUUAUGAAUGUGAUUGUGCAUCUCGUCCUCCAGGUGAUCACAUAUCAGCUUGUAAGAUGUCAAGGAGGUGGACCAAGCACCUUUGGAUAUGACGCAUCCUCGGCUUGCAGUAAACCAUAUUCCAGAGCUGGCCGCGCAAGAUUGGUAAAUCUUCCUUGUGAUUUUCAACAGCAAAACUGGUGUACAGUAGCUGGUAGCUCUUAUCCCUGGCAUGCGGUUCGUCGUUUCGUGCAAGAAAACAAAGGAUUAAUGAGGCGCAUGUAUGGCGAUGAAAGGCAUAUCAAUGUAUUAAGAGCCGAAUUCGAGAGAAAUGACAUCGAGUUAAACUACGACGAUUAUUACCAGCAUCUUGCUGACGAUCAUAGAAAAUAUCAGUACAUGCACGACUACGAGUACUUCGAGUCCGAAGACGAUUUGAAAUUAAACGGCAAUGAGUUCGAGGGACGAAGCUUUACGAGUAGAUCCUUCAAUGACAAUGCCGCGAAACGGGUAAACAAAUUUCCAAAAUUAAGCGAAUACACGAGGCCUCAUUUCCGACCAACCGAGAAGACUACUACUUCAACUUCGACAACGACCACUAGCACAACCACAGCAUCGACGACUACCGCCUCUUUUACCAAGGAAAAGACAUCAUCGACGAUAACGUCAACUGCUUCGCCUACCCGUGAAACAACCACUCAAUCCACGCCUUCGAUAACGAGUUUAAUAGUAAAUAGGACAAAUGAAGAAAAAGGAAACUCCGCGGACGAAGCGACGACAAGCUCUUACGCCGUGAAAGAGCAAAAUUUCAGCAUCAACGAAAUUCUCGAGCAGAUAGACAGAGUCGACGAGGUGGUGGGAGAAGCUGGCGAAGUCGUAGAGAUCUCUGAAUCCAGCCUCGAUGAAACGUCGACGGUAAAUUUGUCGGACACCACCGAAUUUCCGGAUGAAGUCGAUGGCAGCGAAAGUCUAUUUGCGACGCCGAAAGGAACAACUGUUCAGGACGAGACGUUGAGUUCGAUCGACGAACAAGAGUUCAGGCCUCGACCGGAAUAUCGACCUGCCAUUAAGCCGGAAGCUUCGACUAUGGGAGGACAGUUGUAUCAGGACGCCGCCGCGAAAGAUCAACAGGAACAACCGGUUUUGAAGCUUCGAGGAGUAAAUGCUUGUCCUGUAAAAGAGGAAGUGGUUGCGCCAUUUUGGGCGAAUAAUACCAGGGGCGAGGUAUUGGCACUUUUGAAUCUUUAUCCGUUCGAGCAAUACGUUCACUGGGAAAAAUGCACACACGAAAACAAGCAGAUGUACUGUCGAGAUGGAUGCAGAUGCGAACAACAAUACAGACUUCAUCGGUUGUUAGCUUACGAUCCGAACAACGAAUGUCGUGGUAUCUUCAGCGAUUGGUUUAAGUUCCCCAGUUGCUGUGUUUGUCGCUGCUACGACUUACCUCUUGAAUUUCGCGUAACAUCGCGUUCACCUCGCACGCAGAAACAACGAAUUAAGGUACGACCGCCGCAAACUCGUUAGAUAUAUUCAAAGAAACAAAUUUUGUUUCGUCGAUGUAAUCCAUUCUCGGUGUAAUACGAAAAUACAGCCUGUCACUCUCUUUGAUACAUGUCAAAGAGAAUGUAGCAAAUUUUACUUCUUCUAAUUAUAAUAUUGUUAUAUAUAAAGGAAUUAUCAAAAUUGAUUUGCUAAAAAAAGUAAAAUGUAUGACGUCACAAAUCUUAAAAGAUCUUGACAACAAAAAGAUAAUUACUUUCUAAGUCACUUGUUCCGAAUGCUUUGUUAUUUUAUUACAUCGUAAAAGGGUUAAUUUAAGUAAAAACGGCGGCCUAUUAAAUAUUAGGAAAGAACUUUUCACUAUUUCCAUCACUAGUUUAAUAUGAAUAUUGAACAUUUUGUAAAUAAUUCCAUUAUCAAAUUUCAUACCUUAUUUUGAUGAAGGAUUUCAACAUGGGAUGCAUAGAAUGAUAGGAUGGCAUAAUUUGUUAAUGCGAUUAAGAGGGAGAUAAUCUUUCAUGCAGAAAGAAAUAAAGUUUUAAUAAAAAGAUGAGUAACUACAGCUACAACGAAUAUUAAUAUGAAAAUAUUACUCCUUGACUCCAAAAAGCUUUGUUAUAGAAGUACUGGUCUUUCUAGUCGAUUAUAUCAUAAAAAUUUUUGCAGUACGAAGGGUUAAAUUAAAUUACGUCUCAUCGUAUGUGUAUCAAGUAAAUUUUCAAAAUAUUUUUUCGUAAAAACGAAACAGUACAAAACAAUACAUAUGUUCUCUUUGCAUGAAGAAUUUCGUUCUUUUUCGUCUUACUAUGAUUUACACUGUUAUUGUUAUUUCAUGUAACAAAAAACAUACUGCCGUAAAAUUUGGAAGAAUAUGCAUUAAUGUGUGUGGUUUGAAAAUUUACGAAAAUUUAAUGGCUCCAGGCUAGUCAAGAAAUUUAGUCUUCGUUAUUGUUAUUUAUCACAAGGAAGAAAUUUUCUCCCAUACAAUUCAUUUGCCAUAGCCAUUUAAUGUUACGUUACUUGAAAUAUAUGUAGUUUAAUGUAAAUAUAAACGAUUGAAAUGAAAAAGUAUAAUCCACGAAAAAAACAUUAUCAACACAAUAUAGACUAUCAUUCCUUUUAAUUGUUUUACAAUAAAACUCAAUUGUCGUAAAUACCAAUUGACACGAUUGAUAGAUGUAUUACAUUAUGUUUCUAUAGAUAUUUACACGUAAAAGUCACUAAAACUCGCUUAAGCAACGAUAACUUAUAAGAAGAUACGAUAUAUAUACAAUGAAACGUCUGAAGGUGAAAAAGAUAUUUGUCUUGGUAUUAUACACUUGAAACUAAAUUUUCUUUUAAACGUCUUAAGAAAAUACAAUAUUUAUAUUAGGUUUCUAUUAAAUUGGUAAUAUUAUGUUUUUAAAGAUUCUUCUUAUACGUGACACGAAAGUUCAAUUGUAUUUAUAUUUCUUACAAUAACAUGUAUAUACAACUUGGAAAGAAAUUAGUAGAUUCUUUCUAUCAACGUUUUACUGAACAUUAUUCUUCAGAAGUAACGAAAAAAAUACCUUUAAAGGUUUUGCAAGAUAUGCAUGUAUUAUUAUUAUUAAUCAAUAUUUAGAAACUAUAUAUCUAUUACUUGUUACCGUUAAUUUUAUCAUUACUUAAUCAUUUUAAAAAGUACUUUCAGAUCGAACACGAAUAUUUAAGAAAAAUUUCUUUAUCGAUGAUUUAUAAAACACCUCUUUCCAUAUAUUAUUUUAUAAAAUAUACAUACAACAAUGAUUGCUAUCAUAAGUAAGAAUCAGAAUUUAUGUUAAUGUUUCAUCAUUUAUAGAUUGUAAUGUGAUCUUAAAAUUCUUGUAAUGUUUCGAAAACUUUGAAAAUUAAUGUAAUGCUACUGAAAACUGUCGGCCAUCUAAAAUACUAUGUUAAAAUGCAUAAAUUUUCAAAACAUUUUUACGUAAGUAAAGUAACAAAUAACGUGGAUUAAAACACACAUAUGUUGUUCAAAUUAAAUUCAUAUUGCCAUAGUUAAACAACGCUCUAAACGCUAAUAUGUAACAUCCUGGUUAAAAUAUCAAAAUUAUUUAUGGUAAAAAUAAUUAAAGAAUAACAAGUGAAAUACAAAUUAGCAUAACACGAAUAAUACAUUGAUAAGUAUUAUAAUACUUUAUGUUUCAAUAUUACAAAAAGUGGACGAAAUCAGAUUAUCAUUAAGUGAAAUGUUUUAUUAUUCUAUGAAUUAGUUUUUCAUUCAGUUGAUUCUGUAGCAAUUCUUUUAUUAAAAUUGUAUAUGUACAGUAUAAUGUUUUUUCUUCAUAGUAUCGUUUAUAGCAUUUUCGUCCCAAUGAGAAAAGAUAAUUAAUUACAUAAAAGCACUUCGAGAUACAAGCAAAUACACAUAAACACAUUUAUCUAAUAUGUAUACAUAGUAUCGUAUUUAAUUAAUUUAUUCGUUAUUAUAAUUGUAUCGGCUUUAAUGCCUAUAUUAUAGCAACUUUAAGGCUUGUUUAAGAUGUUUGUUAGAUAAUUUGUUGCAAGAUACUAUAAAAAGAUAAGGCUCGUGAAUAAAGCUAUAUACGCCAUGUUUUCGUUGCGUUUGUCGUUAAUUAAUUUUGAGUACUAGAUAUUAUAUACCUGAUCUUAGAUUAUAUACAUUCGUAACAUGUAGCAGACAAUGGUAAUGGAGCUUUGAAAUGCAAAAGUUUUGUAAUACUAAAUCAUAUAACAUUGUUACCCGUAAUUGUUAACAUCCAGUUAAGAAUGUAACUAUUUAUUUAGCAAGUAAUUACAUGUUUUAUGCCAAAAGAUUAAUGUAAAAAGCUUUUCAUUCGUUGAUUUUGUAACCAUCGUAAGAAAUCUGGGUCGACCUGAUUAUAUAUGUAUCGAUGUUAAUUUACAAUAAAGAAUAAAUACAUUAUAGUAUGAA